GUGUUACAACGAAUACGAGAGAUUAAACAACAACAGCAGAAUACCGCUGCUGCUGUGUAAACGCCGCCGUGUCAAAUAGUCGUCCAAUCCAAAUUUCUUCGGUUUUUGUUUUGUUAUUUAUUUUUUCACUUUAGUUUAGUAUUGUGUUAGUUUAAUUGAAAUCGAUUAUUUCGCAAGUAUUCAGCAAACCGUUAAAGAUUGGAACGUGGCCGGUGUAUGUGUUGUGAUUUUGGUGUCGCUGCCAUAAAUGUUAAAUGGCUAAAAGGGAAAUUCCUAUCACCAGUUUUGAUGGUAUUGCCGAAAAUGAAAUGCCAGAUUCCAUGGUCAAAACCCCUCGCCUCUGGGGAUCAGCACGUCUUUGCUACACAAUUUGUGCCUUUCUGGCCAUGGUGGUACAAUUGUGCCUAAGAAAUACUUUGAAUUUUGUGAUAUUGUGCAUGGUCAAGCCACAGCCGACUACAUUUGAAAAUGCAACAACAUUUCACGAAGAACUUGCAGCAGCCGAAGCGGACAGCUAUUGCGGGGCCAUUGAUACAGGCACGGAUAGUUCGAAACAAAGGACAGGCGAUCUAUCUUGGACCCGCAAUCAAGAGUUUGCCUUAUUGGGAACAUUUUAUUAUGGCUACUUGGUGACAUUACCCAUCGCUGGUCGAUUGGCUGAUAGAUUUGGAGGCAAAUUGCUCUUUGUACAUUCCAUAACAGUGCAGGCUUUGGUGUUCAUGACAUUGCCCUUCUUUGCCCGAAGAAGUUAUGAGGGAGCGGUAGUUGUGCGUAUAAUUCAAGGUCUUAUAGCGGGUUGUGGCAAUCCCGCCCUGUAUCAACUUUUCUCCACCUGGGCCCAUCCCACCGAACGUACUGCCUUCUUAUCCUUCGCCUAUGGAGGCUUCUCUGUUGGCGCUCUCUUAGUAUUUCCAAUUUCAAGUUUCCUCUGCAAGUUAGGUUGGGAAACAGCUUUCUAUGUCGUUGGUGGAGUUUCACUGGUUUUUGGAAUCUGUUGCCAAUGGUUGGUCUACAGCAAUCUAGAAGAUCAUCCUCGUUUAUCCAAAGAUGAAUAUGAGUACUUAAAAUGUUCACAUGUGGAGAAGACAUCGAACAAAGUUCCGUGGAAGGCCAUAUUAACCUCUGUGCCAGUUUAUGCCUUCAUCUUUACCCAUAUUUUCAACACAUAUGGAAUUAUGGUGUUUACGCUGCUGAUUCCGAGAUUCUUUAAGGAAGCCAUGCGCUUACCUUUGGAUCAAGUGGGAAUUUUGUCUUCAGCUCCCUUCUUUGGAGCAUUUAUUUCAAAGGGUAUAACAAUAGCAUCCUGCAGUAUUAUUGAAAAACGCGAGAAUCUCAAUCUGACACAAUUUCGUCGUAUUGUUUACGUUCUAUGUAAUUUAUGUACCAUCCUCUUUAUAACGGGCAUUGUGUUUUCCGAUUGCAAGCAACGCAUACUGGUAACUGUGUUUGCGACUUGCAUAGGUGCCUCAGCGGAUUUAUCAUUCUCCGGCGCAUAUUGGCCCAGCCUAUUGUAUGUGGCUCCCACCUAUGCUGGACUGAUCUCGGGAAUUGCAAAUUGUCUGGCCACUGUUAGUGGGUUUUUAGCACCACUCGGUAUAUCAGCCAUAGUGCGUCAUGGUACAAAGAUGGAAUGGAAUUCCGUAAUGUCCACCUUAAUAGCCUCGUAUCUUUUGGGAGCUGCCACUUAUGGCUUGUUUGGCAGUUCCAAACUUGCCAAAUGGGGUAAAGCCGAUAAGAGUCAGGAGAAUAACAAUGAACCAAGUAAUGAGAAUACGAUCGAGGCAUAAGAGCCCAUGGCAUAAUAAAGCAUUUACAGUCUGUUAAUUUAGUUUUUUAAGUAUCUGAUAGAAGUGUAUAAAGUUAUAAAGUGUUAAAUGGUUUUAUAUGUAUUCAUGUAAUGGGGAAAGAUCUGUUUAACCCAAAGUGUUUUUUUUUUAUUAUUUUAAUCUCCAUCUUUACAAAUGUACAAAAAAGGAAUAGUUAGUAAUAUUUAUA